AUGGUCGCUCAAGUUCAAAAACCUGCUCCAGCUUUUAAGAAAACCGCUGUCGUUGAUGGUGUUUUUGAGGAAGUUUCUUUAGAACAAUACAAGGGUAAGUAUGUUGUUUUAGCUUUCAUUCCAUUAGCUUUCACUUUUGUUUGUCCAACUGAAAUCAUUGCUUUCUCUGAAGCUGUCAAAAAAUUCAAGGACAUCGGUGCUGAAGUUUUGUUUGCUUCUACUGAUUCUGAAUACAGUUUGUUAGCUUGGACCAAUGUUGCUCGUUCCGAAGGUGGUUUAGGUCCAGUCGACAUUCCAUUAAUUGCUGAUACCAACCACUCUUUAUCUAGAGACUACGGUGUCUUAAUUGAAGACCAAGGUAUUGCCUUAAGAGGUCUUUUCGUUAUUGAUGGCAAUGGUAUUGUCAGACACAUUACAAUCAAUGAUUUGCCAGUUGGUAGAAACGUUGAAGAAGCUUUAAGAAUUGUUGAAGGUUUUCAAUGGGUCGACAAGAAUGGUACUGUCUUACCAUGUAAUUGGACUCCAGGUUCCGCUACUAUCAAGCCAACCGUUGAAGAAUCUAAGGAAUACUUCAAGGAAGCUGCUGAAAAGAAAUAG